CUUCUCUUUCCUCCACAUCCAUUUUGUUUUCAAUUCCAGUCUCAACUUCGUCAUAUCUUUAGUUGAUCCAUUGUCCUUUUUAACCGUUGUCUGGAAUUCUCACACUUGCCUGCCUACCCACCCAUCUAUCCAACCACUCAAACAUCCACAAUGGCAUCCCAUUCCCAAUCCCAAAUCUCACCACCAACACCCGCUUCUCCUCCCACUCCAAUAUCCAUCAAACCUCUCACCUCCUCAGCCGAAGACCUAAACACUCUAUCCACACUCUGGAGCCAGAUCUUUCCUCAAUGGCCAAUCGAAGACGAUUUACUGGGUACAAUCAUACGGCAUCCAUUAUUCGAGGGGCAGGGGAGGCAUUUCCUCGCCUUUGAAAAUCAAUUUCAAUCCCAAUCCCAAUUCCAGCCUUCAAACUCACCUGAGGAAAAGCCAGUGGGGUUCAUACUCACGUACUUAUCUCUCGGCAACGAAGAUGGGAAGACCAAGACGAAGAAAAGAUAUAUCUCCGCUAUUGGGGUGCUGCCUACCCAUCGUGAAAGAGGGGUGGGGGGUGCAUUGUUGAAGAGGGGAGUUGGGGCUUUGAGGGGUGGGGUGGGUGAGAGAGAUGGGGAUGGAGAUGGUCAUGGAGAUGGGGAUGGGGAAGGAGAGAUGGAGAAGAUUAAGAUUGUUAUUGGGAGUGAGACGCCGAGGUUUUGGCCGGGGUUGCCAGUUGAGUUUACAUUGGGAGAGGGGGAAUCGGUCGGGGUGUGGUUGGGGAGGAGAGGCUUCAAUAAAUCCAAUGGUCCGAAUAUCAAAGACUUCUUCAAGGGUGUCAGAACGGAAGUUGUAUCACCCAAUGUCAAAGAAAGAGUGGAAAAGAUAGUGAAGGAGGAAGGACUCCGUUUUGCACCGUGGGAUGAGAGUGGAUAUGAGGAGUGCAUGGAGAAGCAGAAUGCUAAUUUCUCCUGGGCAAACGCCUACGCCGUCCUCGCCUCCCUAAACCUUUACCAUGAAGUCCUCGUUGCUUUCGAUGCCGAGACCAACCAACAGCUUGGAUGGACUCUGAUGUGUGGACCAGAUGCGAGUGUCAAGGAUAUGUUUGCUUUCCUGCCACUUGCGGGGGAUGUUGCUUUUGAAGCAGAAGCCGCUGAAAAAGAUGAAGGCAGCAAAGUGAAAAGGGGAAUUGGGUUGAUUUCUGCGGUGGGGAUAGAUGCGAAGGCUAGAGGGAGGGGUGUGGGGUUGGCGAUGGUUGUUAGGGCUAUGGAGAAUUUGAAGGAGAGAGGUGUGGAUGGGAUAUUUAUCGAUAGCGCGGUGAUCAAGGGUUUUUAUGAGAAGAUAGGAUUUGAGACGAGGUGGGAGUAUGAGAAUUGGGAGUUUAUUGGGACAGGCGAGGAGGAAAGUGGUUGAUGUUCCCGAGUGAGCAUUUUCUUUCAGUAACGAGAGGAGGACUUCAAACCAGAUGGAGUGGUAGCGGAUAUACGGUAGCUAGCAAGGAUUAGUUGAUAUUUGGCACCCUGUACGUCGUUCGUCGAUUCUGGAGCAUUGUGUGUCU